UAACUCACCCUUUGGCAAAGUUCUUCAGUUUAAUACGUUAUACACAGACCAAACUUAUUUAUAUAUUCUAAUUUAUAUUAAUUUCUCUUCUUUUGGGUUUCUCAAAGUUUAGCUGGCUUUUUUGAUCUUUUGCUGAAAUGGGUAGUACUGGGAUGCUGAACAAUUCAACUAUGAUAUGUGCUCCAUUAAUGGCUCAAUCAGUGGAGCAAAUUGUUAAAGACAUGCACCAGGCAAAGGCUGAAGGUGCACAAGUUGUUGAGAUUAGAUUGGACCAUAUCAAGAAUUUCCAGCCUCACCGGGAUAUUCAAAUCAUCCUCAAAAAUAGAGUUUUGCCAGUGAUCAUUGUAUAUAGGCCUAAAUCGGAAGGUGGUCAGUAUGAAGGAGAUGAGCACUCCCGGCUUGAAGCACUUCAUUUAGCUACAGAAAUGGGAGCUGAUUAUGUUGAUUUUGAACUCAAGGUUGCUUCUGAUCUUAUUCGGGAACAGAAAAUGAAGAAUGGUAGUGCUACCAAAUUUAUUGUGUCAUGUCACAUAAAUGGAAUGACCUCUUCAGAUGAAGAGUUAAACAAUCUUGCCGCUAGCAUGCGAGCUACUGGAGCAGAUAUCAUCAAGAUGGCUGCAAAUGUAACUGAUAUUACUGAGAUAGCAAGAAUUUUUCAUUUGCUUUCUCAUUGCAAAGUACCAAUAAUAGCAUACUCUGCAGGGGAAAGAGGUCUCAUAAGCCAGCUAUUGUGCCCAAAAUUUGGUGGCUUUCUAGCCUAUGGAUCUAUUGAAGGAAAUUCAAUUCCUGGCAUGCCUUCUUUAUAUAGUGUUAUCCACACUUACAAACUUGGCUAUCUAAAUUCAGAAACUAAAGUUUUUGGACUUGUUUCAAAACCUGUCCGUCACAGCAAAGGCCCUCUAUUGCAUAAUCCUAUAUUCAGACAUGAGAACUUCAAUGGUGUUUAUGUCCCAAUGUUUGUAGAUAACCUCAGGGAGUUCUUUAACAUCUAUUCCAGUCACGACUUUCCUGGUUUUAGUGUUGGGUUUCCGUACAAGGAAGCUGUAGUUGAGUUCUGUGAUGAAGUUCAUCUACUUGCCGAGUCUAUAGGUGCUGUUAAUACUAUUGUAAGGAGGCCUUGUGAUGGAAAGCUGAUAGGUUAUAAUACUGACUGCGAAGCUGCAAUAACUGCGAUCGAGGAUGCUCUGAAAGAAAAGAGAUGCACUGGUAAUGAAGUAUCUUUAGGCAGUCCGAUAUCGGGGAAACUCUUUGUGCUAGUUGGUGCUGGAGGUGCAGGAAGAGCAUUGGCAUUUGGUGCUAAAAGCAGAGGAGCUCAAAUAGUCAUUUUUGACAUUGAUUUUGGGAGAGCAAAGUCCCUUGCUUGUGCUGUCUCGGGUGAAGCUCGACCUUAUGAAGAAGUAGUUAACUUCCAGCCAGAGAAAGGAUCGAUCCUUGCAAAUGCAACACCCCUGGGAAUGCAUCCGAAUACUGAUCAGCGCAUUCCUGUUGCUGAGGCAACCUUGGGAGAUUAUGAGCUGGUCUUUGAUGCUGUUUAUACACCUAAGAAAACAAGACUAUUAAAAGAUGCAGAGGCAGCAGGAGCAAUCAUUGUCAGUGGAGUUGAAAUGUUCCUCAGACAAGCUAUUGGUCAGUUCAAUCUCUUCACUGGUCGAGAAGCACCUAAAGAGUUAAUGCGAAAGAUCAUUAUGGCAGAGUUCUGAUGUAUUACAUCACACAGAAUAUUGUAACAUUAAGGAGUAGAUAAAUCAAGUACCAUGGAAAAGGAUUCAUGUAGUCAAGCUGAAGCCCUUAUUCUUGGACAAGGUUUUUUUUUUAUUUUUUUAUUUCAA